GAAGUUGCAUCCAUUUUCAAUUAAAUUCGAAAAAUUAGAGUGAAAAAUCUUAUUUAAUUAAGUUUUAAGUGUAUUUCAGUAUAAUUUUAUCAAAACUUAUGACAAAUCAUAUAGCAAACAAGUCGUUCUUCAUGUUUACUGUUGGAAGUAACACAGUAUCUGAAAAGAUGGUGAACAAAAACAUUCGUCUACAACUGAAUGAACAACUGCGAUGUCUAGAUAUUCGAGUCGAAUCACAGAUCUCAUUAAUUCAAGAAUUACAGGAAUUCUAUAGACGACGGGGAGAAGUGGAACUAGAUUAUAGUAAGAGUUUGGAAAAGUUGGCCAAGAAUCUACAAUUAAGGCACAAGGAGCAGAAACAAAAUAGACGCGAGCAAUGGCCAAUAUUUUCUUCUUAUGCAUGCUGGCAACAGCUCAUUCAACAAACAAAAAGCUUGGCUCGUGAUCAUGCAACAUUAUCAGACAUUUACUCAACGCAACUAGUACAACGUCUUCAAACAGUUCAUGAUGAUUGCCAGAGGAUUUAUAAAAAGUGUCGAGAAAUUGGCUAUGAGAUACAUGAAGAAAUUCUUCGUGUAUUACAAGAACUUCACACAACAAUGAAGACUUAUCAUAGUUAUCAGCUUGAAUGUAGAGAAACUGAGAAGAAAUUGCGUGCCGCUGAAAUACAAAGAGCGAAAAUUCAACAGAGCAUACCGAAAGAGAAACUCGAACGCAACAAGAAAUUUAAAGUAAUAGAAAAGGAAGUGCUGAAGCGAAAAAAUAAGUAUACAGACGCGAGGCUAAAGGCAUUGAAAGCGAAAAAUGAGUAUCAGUUGUGCUUGGAAGCGUCCAAUACAACAAUUCACAAGUAUUUCGUAGAAGACUUGAGCGAUUUGAUUGAUUGCAUGGAUUUGGGAUUCCAUUCUGUUAUUUCGCGUGCUCUUAUGCUGCAUGUAACAGCUGAUCAAGGAAGAUGUCGACAAGUACUAAACAAUGCUGAGCUAUUAUCGCACAUAAUACACUCAAUGGAUAGUCGGGCUGAUAAACAAAAGUUCUUAGAACAAUAUCACACUGCAUUUAUGAUACCAAAAAGACUUGAAUUUCAAGGAGGUCAGCAAGAAGAUCUGAUUGUGUCAACACAAAAGGAAAUGCUUCCACAGCCGAGUCUAACAACGCUGGUUGAAUGUGAACUACAGAAAACUUUAAAUGCUGAAAUGGAUCAAAGAUUAGCACAGCUAAUGGCACGAACCAAUCAUUUACGUACAGAAUCAGAUGAAAUAUGGAAAACAGUUGAAACAGCUGAAAUUAAUUUACUUGAAAUUCUCAAUCAAAAGGAUUAUGAUGUUAGUGGCACAUUUGGAACUGGAAAUACAGGAAGUGACAAUAAUUCAAUGCAAAGUUUCCAACUUCAAUAUAGUUUUACACAUCAACAUACCCAAAAGUUCAAUGAAACGCUAACGACGACACAAUCUUCAAAGUUACGAAGUGAUAAGCAGGAAAUUGAGGAAUUUUAUUUAACAAAGAUUCGUGAAUAUAUUUUGUGUACAUCUCGAAUAGCAAGACUCGAUUCGAAAGCUGAAUUUUUGCGAAAUGCUUUAACGAAAGAUUCUAAUGCACACACUAACACACAGACUAAAAUAACGGUACCAAAGCGAAAGAGAAUUGGCAGAAUGAAUUUAUCGGGACGUCCAAAAUUGUUUGGCGGAUCACUAGAAGAGUAUUUGGAAGCGACGGGCGAAGAAAUUCCAUUAGUUGUGAGGAGUUGUAUUCGUGUAAUUAAUCUUUAUGGUCUACAUCAUCAAGGUAUUUUCCGUGUCAGUGGAUCACAAGUUGAAAUAACCAACUUUAGAGAAUGGUUUGAACGUGGUGAGGAUCCAUUGGCUGAAGUAACAGAUGCUUCCGACAUUAAUUCUAUUGCCGGUGUAUUUAAACUUUAUUUCCGUGAAUUACGUGAACCGCUCUUUCCAACAAUCUAUUUUGAUCAUCUAAUAUCACUCGCACAAAUUGAAUCUAAGCAUGAAAUGGUCUUGGGAGUCAGAAAAUUCCUUUCAGCUCUACCUCGCGCCGUCAUUGGUGUUAUGCGAUACAUUUUUGCAUUUCUUAAUCACUUGUCUGAAUUUGCUGACGAAAAUAUGAUGUCUGCUUAUAAUUUAGCUAUUUGCUUUGGACCAACUUUAAUGAAAGCACCCGAAGAUAAGGAUCAAGUUCAAUAUCAGAACCAGAUUAAUGCAUUAAUUGAAAAUAUGAUCGUAUUCCACGAAGAUAUAUUCCCAAAAGAAUCUAACGGAAUUAAGUACGAGAAAUAUUUAACUCCUGGAACUUUCGAUGAUAUUGAUAUUGGUGAUUCACCAACCGAACAAAACACAGAAGAUCAAGAUACCCAAUCUGAGGAUGAUUCAGACACAUAUGAAGCUACAGCUCUUUUUGAUUUUGAAGCCCGAUCAGACCGUGAAUUGUCGUUCAGAAAGGGCGAUAAUAUUCAGCUUUAUAAUCAAAUCUCUAAUGAUUGGUGGCGUGCAUGUAUUAGCGGAAAAAUUGGUCUUGUCGCCGAUAAAUUUAUUUCAUUAAAAAUAAAGGGCGAGGAGAGAAGUGGUGGCGAGAAAAAUAGUGCAGACUUUAAUAUGAAAUCGUCAAGUUCAGAAGAGUCAGUACGUAAACGAUCUCAUAGCGUAGGUGGAAAUAGUUUAGCGCCAAGUACACUCUCGACAAUGACGACAACAAACAUUUGUGAAAUUACUGAUUCUGUGAUGGAUACAAAGCAGGAAAUUAUUGAUGACACAAAGAAAUACAUUUAUCACGAUGAGCCGCAUGCAUUUGAAACGUCUAUGGAAUAUAUGGUUUUAGCAUCGAAUAAUAAUAGUAUAAAUGAGUCGAAUGCUGAUUUGGAUGGAAGUGUAACAGCAACAAACGAUAACCACAGUCGAUUAUCUUCAAACACCGAGCAUAUUUAUAGUAACAGCCACUUUAAAUUUGAGAAACAUUAACAGCAACAAAGGAUUUGAUGAGCAGUAAGCACACUUUACGUUACGAAUCAGGAAGGAUAAAGUUAACAGAAUGAAUACAAAUUUUUAGUUUUUAAUGAUUAAGUGCUGAUUUUGAUUAAGUUGGAGACAUCCAGCAAACUCAAAUCAGCACUAAAAGUCAACAAAUAAUAUGAGGAUGUGACAAGAAGGGUACUAAAUAAGGAAUAGAAGAAAUCCAAAAAAUCAAAACUAUUAAUAAUACUAUAAAUUUUUAAAAACUAAUGAUGAAGUUAUGUUUUAUUGAUUUUGAUAUUUUUAAGUAUUUUAUUUUUCAUAUACAUCAUAUAAGUUAGAACUUACAAGAGUGGGCCACACAAAUUAAAGAUGAUAAUGAAGAAAGCGAAAUUAUUUUUUAAUAAGGAUAUUGUACUUUUUAAAUAAGCCAGUGGGAACCGGUAUAUGUGUUCUCAAAACCUUUAUUCUCAAUGUAAUUAGCCCCCCUUUCUUACUCCCUUAAAAAUUUAUCAGUAAAACAAUGACGAAAUAAAGUAAUUAAUGAGAAAAAAAAAAUGCAUAAAGGAAUUGACCUUUGUUUUAAAUUUACGUUUUUUUUUUUUUGCUGAUUAAUAGCACGCUUGGAAAUGGUCGUUAUCAACUGUCGUGUAUAUUAAACCUUCGAACGUCAUUUUGCCGAGCAUCGCAUUAAUCUCAUCUUCUGAAAAGUGAGGGAAUCGAGCUAUAAUUUCAUCUCGUCCAUAUCCAGUCUCACUUUGAUCGGCUAGUGCUCCCUGAAUCAUUUUAAAGACAACCUUUUCUUUGGCAUUUAAACCUUCUAAUCCACUAUCAGCUGGAGCUGCUGCUGUCGUUUGUUGAUGACCAUCUACAUCCAUUUUCUGUACGUUUCCAUUCAUUGGCUUGCCAUCAGCAUUUGCGAAACUUUCAGCUUGGAAUCUUGCAUUUAUAACUUCAAUGUAGUGUGUACUGACUUCGUUGAUUCCGUUUACUGGAUGUAUUUUGUAGAUCAUGAUUGAUUUUGCAUCGCCUUGCGAUCUUAAAGCACCGACAACUCGUGCAUAGCUAUUGAUCAUGAUAUUUGAUGACCCAACCGUUUCUUCCUCGUCAAUCCAGUAAUGUGCUUUUAUUUUGCCUAAAACAUGAUAUUCAACCUUGAGAAUUCUCAAAAGAAACAAUAUUCAACUUCUUAUUACCUGUAAUAUCCUCCAUUGAGUAUGUGAUUUUUGUGGAUGUAUGUUCGAUCUCUUUUACAAUAGCAACGACUGUUACCAUUUUAUAUUCGAAUCCAUAAAGAUCUAUGACAUCAUCUGGUUGAUUGUGGAUCAUUUUAAUGAAAACUGGCAGAGUU